ACCGGGGUUCACUACUUCCGGUAUUAGGACGUGUAUUUCCGGUCUCAGUGACGUGCUGACAGUAGUCAGACUCUUACCCUCUGUUAGCUUGUGUUAGCCGCAGUUUAGCCACAGUUUCCGGGUUCUGAGCUCACCUCGUGCUCCGGUUCCGUGCACCCGGACCCUCCGUCCCUUCACCUGUCGGCUGGGAUCGAGACGGCUCCCGGUUCUGUCCGAUCCGGCUGCCUCCGGACUCCGCCUUUAGCCGCAGAGCUAACCCUGCUGCUAGCGCUGCUAACGGCUAACUGUGGCGUUCGUGGGUAAGCGAGAGAAACAACGACGAGGCCGCGCACAGGUGCGGCACUCAGGUCUUGACCUUCGCUCUGAGGACGCAGUAGCAGCCAUGUUGACCUAGAGUCGUCAUUGGCGGUGGUGAGUUCUGAGCACGAGCAGAAACGACGGGCAAUCGCAGCCAUGUCGGAGAACCAGGCGAACAACAAUAAUGUCCCGCUUAACAACAACAACAACAACAUGGGACCCAACCGCCUCCGCAAUCCCAACCUGAACCAGAACCCCCUCAUCAAUGUCCGCGACCGCCUCUUCCAUGCGCUCUUCUUCAAGAUGGCCGUCACCUACGCACGCCUAUUCCCUCCGUCCUUCAGGAGGGUCUUUGAGUUCUUCGUUCUGCUCAAGGCACUCUUCGUCCUCUUCAUCCUUGCCUACAUCCACAUUGCCUUCUCUCGCUCACCCAUCAACUGUCUAGAGGUGGUAAGGGAGCGCUGGCCCCGUGACGGCAUCCUGCGGGUUGAGAUCCAGAGAAACUCGAGCCGGGCACCCAUCUUCCUUCAGCACUACGACUCGGCGAGCCUCCAUGAUGAGCUGGAUGCCGAGGAGGAAGGAGGGGGGCUGGCGAUGGGCGGGCUCAGCCUUGCGAUGCUGCCCGACGAAGAAGUGGAAGAGGAGGAGAUGACUGUGGAGAUGUUUGACAACAGCUCAGUGCAGUUUGAGUUGGACAUCGAGCCCCGCCUGAAGCCAUCUCUGGUUGGUGCAGGAGGAGGAGGAGCUUCAGGAGGAGGAGGAGCCAACGACAGCCAGGACGUCUCGUUUAGCCAGACCACUAAAGGUAUGCAGCCGCUGCAGGACUCAGUGUCUGAGCUGGAGAUGAUGACCCGAGCAGUGUGGCCUCAGGAGGAGUACAUCGUGGAGUACUCGCUGGAGUAUGGCUUCCUGCGCCUCUCUCAGAGCACCAGACAGAGACUCAACAUCCCUGUCAUGGUCGUCACACUUGAUCCGAUGAAGGACGAGUGUUUCGGAGAUGGCUUCAGUCGUUUCCUGCUCGAUGAGUUUUUGGGCUACGAUGACAUCCUGAUGUCGAGCGUGAAGGCGCUCGCCGAGAAUGAGGAGAACAAAGGAUUCCUGAGGAACGUGGUCUCCGGUGAGCAUUACCGCUUUGUCAGCAUGUGGAUGGCCAGGACCUCCUACCUGGCCGCCUUUGUCAUUAUGGUCAUAUUUACUCUGUCGGUGUCCAUGCUGCUCAGAUACUCUCACCACCAGAUCUUCGUCUUCAUUGUUGACCUCCUGCAGAUGUUGGAGAUGAACAUGACCAUUGCCUUCCCAGCAGCCCCUCUGCUCACUGUCAUCCUGGCCCUCGUAGGCAUGGAGGCCAUCAUGUCAGAGUUCUUCAAUGACACAACAACUGCAUUCUACAUUAUCCUCAUCGUGUGGUUGGCAGAUCAGUACGACGCCAUCUGCUGCCACACAAACACCAGCAAACGCCACUGGCUCAGGUUCUUCUACCUUUACCAUUUCGCCUUCUACGCCUACCACUACCGCUUCAAUGGCCAGUACAGCAGCCUCGCCCUCGUCACUUCCUGGCUCUUCAUCCAGCACUCCAUGAUCUAUUUCUUCCAUCACUACGAGCUUCCGGCAAUCCUGCAGCAGAUCCGGAUCCAGGAGAUGCUCCUGCAGAACCAGCAGGCUGGUCAGAACCAGACGGCUCUGCAGGAUAACCUCAACAACAACAUUGGCACUGCCGCCGCUGGAACGGGACCCGCCAAUGCCCCCCAACCAGGGCCGACCAGUGGAGCUGAGCCAGGGCCUCAGACAGAUUCCCUUCCGUCCCCUGCGGAAGGUGGAGCCUCAGGAAGCGGGGAGGUGAGGGCGGAGCUGAACUGGGUCGCUCACACAGCUGCCAUCCUCACUGAAGCCCUGACGUCGUCAGUGGAUGCGGGAGCCAGCAGCGAUCAGGGGCCAGCUGAGAUCAAUGUGGUGGCCGAGUUCUGGAUGGGAGGGGGAGCAGUAGGAGGGAGGUCCUUAGGUGGGAGCGGAGCCUUUGGAGGUCAAGAUCCAAACUCUAUUUCUGUAGAAUUUAAACCUGCACCAGCUCCUCCAAUCACAGAGCAGCAUGAGGCGGGGCCCUCAGAGGAUGUGGGGCCCUCAAAGGCAGAGGGAGCCUUGGAGGAGGCAGGGCCCUCAGAAGAGUGCCCCUCCCACACAGACUGUCCCCCCUCACAGAGUGCAGACUGCCGGCAGCAGCCGUCCUGAGGCUACUGACAUCGCCUCACCUGUGAGACAGCUGAUCAGCUCAUUGAUCGAAUGAACAGGUUUUAUUUGAUUUUUAAACUCAUUGAUUAGCUUGAGGGUGGCGUCUCCCUGCAGGUCACGUGAACAGAGGGCAGGGAUGCGAUAAUUUAUUCUGCUGGGUUUUUUUUGUUUUUGUUUUGUUUUGUUUGUUUGUUUGUUUGUUUGUUUGUUUGGGGUUUUUUUUGUUUUUUUGGGGGGGUGGAGUAUGGAUGUUUUUUCCUUAGACGGUGUCUGAGGUUGGAGGUCCAUCACCAUGGAAACCGAAAGCAACACCCUGAACAAAUGAAGCUUGAAGCAGAAA